AGAGCUGCAUUAAAAUAGGAGAAAGUUAUCACAAGAGAUUCAUCGGCAAUUAAGCUCUCCCGUUUGUUUCUACAAUGGUUUCGUUAGUCAAUACUGUCUACUCAAUACGAUUAUCUUCCAAUGCAAACCCACUCCGAAAUCAACGGCUCGCACCGAAACCGAGCUGUGUUUCUUUGAACAGACGGAGACUGGUAGUGAGGGCUACUGAAACCGAUACAGAAAAAGUUGGAGCAAAGGCACCAGAUAAGGCGCCGGCUGGAAGUGGUUCAAGUAUUAAUCAGAUACUUGGUAUCAAAGGAGCCAAGCAGGAGACUGAUAAGUGGAAAAUCCGAGUUCAGCUCACUAAGCCUGUUACAUGGCCUCCUCUUGUUUGGGGAGUAGUCUGUGGAGCUGCUGCCUCGGGAAAUUUCCAUUGGACCUUGGAAGAUGUAGCUAAAGCAGUUGUCUGUAUGAUUAUGUCUGGCCCUUGUCUAACUGGCUACACUCAGACAAUAAAUGAUUGGUAUGACAGAGAGAUCGAUGCUAUUAACGAGCCUUAUCGCCCAAUUCCUUCAGGAGCAAUAUCUGAGGAUGAGGUGAUUACACAAAUAUGGGUGCUGCUCCUGGGGGGCCUUGGCUUGGCUGGUCUAUUAGACGUGUGGGCAGGGCAUAAUUUUCCAGUGAUAUUUUACCUUGCUCUGGGUGGAUCUUUGCUGUCCUACAUAUAUUCAGCUCCACCUUUAAAGCUCAAACAAAAUGGAUGGAUUGGCAAUUUUGCCCUUGGAGCAAGCUAUAUAAGUUUGCCUUGGUGGGCUGGUCAAGCAUUGUUUGGGACCCUUACACCUGACAUUAUUGUUCUAACACUGCUCUACAGUAUAGCUGGUCUGGGUAUAGCGAUUGUAAAUGACUUCAAGAGUGUUGAAGGAGAUCGAAAAAUGGGAUUACAGUCACUUCCAGUAGCUUUUGGCUCUGAGACUGCAAAGUGGAUCUGUGUUGGUGCUAUAGACAUAACUCAGAUAUCUGUGGCAGGCUAUCUUCUAGGAUUGGGUAAACCGUUAUAUGCUUCGGCGCUUCUAGGUCUUAUUGUACCACAAGUCUUUUUCCAGUUCAAGUACUUCCUUAAAGACCCAGUGAAGUAUGAUGUCAAGUAUCAGGCUAGUGCACAACCAUUUCUUAUACUUGGUCUAUUAGUCACGGCUUUGGCAACUAGCCAUUGAUCCUCCUGUCCGAGAUAUUGCUAGAAAUCGAGUAGGCACAUGACACAAGUGAAAGCAAAAUCCCAGGAGCGCCCCAAGUAUUUGCUCAUCCUCAUAGCUUUCCCAAAUGCUCAGCUGCUUGUACGUAGAAUUUUACCAAUUUUUUCUUUGCUAAUGGGUUAUUUUCAUCCAUAUUGUCCUAGAAGAAGAUUCUCUUUAUACAGCACAACUGUCUACCAUCUCCUGCUGCUGUUUGAAACUUCAUCUCUUGCUAGAUCCUUUGUCAAAUUAAAGCAUAGCUGUAUCCGGAGAUACCAUGGUCUUUUUGUAAGUUGUGUUAUCUUCUGUUUUAUUAAAUUUUGAUGAGGAGCAAGUGGAGUAAGAUGACUUUCACUACGGCCAUGGCGUUACAUUAUCUUGGACUAUGUGAUCCUACACUGUUGAUAGAAGGCAACCAUGUGGUGUUCUUAAGUAGGAUCACCUCUUAACCCAAUUUUUAUCUAAUGUCAAAUAUGACUUGAGAGAUAUUUGCACUA